AUGUCAAAAUGACAUAUAACCUCAAAAUGGAGUGAAAGUAUUUGAAUAACUGUAACUGUUUUGAUUUCUUUUUUAAUUAUUACAACAUUACAAUUAUAUGGAAUAUUUCAUUUUAAUAUACGUAAUUUGCUUACUCUUGAUCGAUUAAAUUUUUAAUUUGUGGAGUUUAUACUGUUCAGAUUAAUAUGGGGUUACUUAGAUCGAAGGGAUAUCAAGAUAUUGAUGCGGAAAAUAAAUCUAAUAUUUCCAGGAAUACAGUUUUAGUGGACCCAGAAUGUCAGAUUCCACAAGAAAUAGAAAUGGCUUCAGUAUCAGUAGUUCCUGAUGAUACAUUUACGAUAACUCAAGCAGUCAAUGCUCUUGGUUUUGGUUGGUUUCAAGUCAAACUAUCUUUAUGGACAGGCCUAUGUUGGAUGGCUGAUAGUAUGGAAAUGACAAUUUUAUCAAUAUUAUCUCCUUCUUUACAUUGCGACUGGCAUAUAUCUAGAUAUCAACAAGCAUUAACCACAACUAUAGUUUUUCUUGGAAUGAUGCUCUCAUCAACCUUUUGGGGAAAUCUCAGUGAUAGGUAUGGAAGGAAACAUGCUUUAACUUUAUGUUCUGUGUUGUUAUUUUAUUAUGGUAUCCUCAGUUCUCUAGCCCCGAGCUUCAUGUGGAUACUACUGCUUAGGGGGCUAGUUGGAUUUGCUGUUGGUUGUACACCCCAAUCUGUCACUCUAUAUGCUGAGUUUUUACCUACAAAGCAAAGAGCUAAAUGUGUUGUUUUGCUUGAUUGCUUUUGGGCCUUAGGGGCAUGUUUUGAAGUAGUUCUUGCCCUAAUUGUCAUGCCUACAUUAGGCUGGAAAUGGCUGCUUGCUUUGUCGACUGUACCCCUGCUGUUGUUUGCCCUCAUUUGCCCUUGGUUACCAGAAUCAGCAAGAUACCAUGUUGCAAGUGGACAAACUGAUAAGGCUUUAGAAACAUUGGAGAAAAUAGCCAAGGACAAUGGUAAACCUAUGUUGUUGGGAAGAUUGGUUGUAGAUGAUGCAAUGAAUGCACCCGCACAUAGGGGGCGCUUCAGAGAUUUAUUAGUUCCUUUCUUGAGAAGGACAUCGUUGCUCUUGUGGUUUAUUUGGAUGGCAUGUGCUUUUUGUUAUUAUGGACUUGUAUUGAUGACAACUCAGCUCUUCGAAGCAUCAAAUUCUUUGUGUUCUUCUGAACCUACAAACCAGUUGAAAUUUGAAACUUGUGCAGCAGAAUGUAAACAGCUCCAAACAACUGAUUAUAUGGAUCUUCUGUGGACAACACUGGCAGAAUUUCCAGGAAUUUUCAUAACUAUAUUCAUAAUAGAAAGAUUUGGAAGGAAAAGAACUAUGGCAGUACAAUUCAUAAUAUAUGCACUAUGUUGUAGUAUAUUGAUGAUUUGUACUACUAGGAGAUCAUUCUUAACCGUGAUGUUGUUUUUUGCCAGAGGAAUAAUAGCAGGUGUCUUUCAAGCAGCUUAUGUGUACACUCCUGAGGUCUAUCCUACCUCACUCAGAGCAGUGGGAGUUGGUUCCUGUUCUGCUAUGGCAAGACUUGGAGCUAUGGUUACACCAUAUGUUGCUCAGGUGCUACUUAAAAGUUCGUUAUCUUUAGCUAUAACUAUAUAUACAAUUGCUGCCCUAUCUGCUGCAGUAGCAUGUAUGGUUUUACCUAUAGAAACAAAUGGAAAAGAACUGACUGAAAGUGUGCCACCUCGUGUCACAAAUAAAACAAGGCAAACUUAAUGAUGAUUCCGACUGAUCACUCACAAGGAGUAUGAAAUAUUGUUUUUAUACAAUUAUAUUUUUCCAGUCUCAGCAUUGAAAAGAUAUAAAAAUAUGUAUCCAUGGAACCGUCUUAAUGAUAUAAUUUAUAUUAUAGUAUAUGUUGAAAACAUAUACCUAUAAUAUAACUUUUAUGUUAUUUAACAAUAUUAAACCAAAGCUUUAAGUAUUACUUAUAUUACAUUAGAUCAAAUUUACCUGCAACUUUUUAUAUUAUUUAUGUCUUCCUUAAACGUAUUAUCAAAUCUAUUUAUUUAUAAGAAAUGUGAUAAAUUCUUCCCAAGAACUACACAAGUUUGCCUUGAAUGUAAUUUUUAUUGUAACAUUUUUAGAAAAAUGCUUUUGGUUUGAUUUAUUCCAACAUCUUUUGGCCCCAAUGCUGAAUAGAAUUAAGGCAAAUUUGUGUACAAGAUUCUUGAAAUUAUUAAUUAUUUAAAAUGUUCUGAGAAAUGGUGCUGGUUUUAUACUUUUAUAUAAUAAUAAAAAAAUUUUAAU